AUGCCUAAAAAGAGGAAACCAAUAUCGCCGAAUGCUCCCCGUCUUAAUCCCUACCAACGAAUACUCAGCCGGUUUUACGAGCCUUUGAUUCUCCUCUGCAUCUUGGGUAGAACCAGAGGGGAACAUCGACUAGCUGAUUUUCCAAGGUCAUCAGAUGUAACUAGCUGGCCUCUUAAAUAUGUCAGACGUCUCUUCCUCAAUCAAUUGGCUUUUUUAUGUGACUACGACACAGGUGGUGACUCGGUCACUGCCAUUAGUAUUCAGCACACGCCCCAGCAACGAAUCUUUUGGAUCGCUGCGAACAAUUCUCCCUGCAAAAAGAUCAUACCUUUCGCACAGGAUUCCCUUUUGCGGUUAAAAUGUGCCGCCGAAAGCCGAGUCGCUGUUGACGAGGCCAUAGACCCAUUCUUGGCCGCUUGCAUAGAUCAUGCAAAGCCUCGCAUCAAGGCGUAUUCUCAUUUUUUUACGAUACAACUCAAGGCUUGUGGAGAAAAUCUGGAAAAUAAGGCAGUUGAAGACCAAAGUUAUAAGCUGCUGUUGGUUUGGCUCAAAACAUUCCAAUCUCAAAGCGUUAAAUUGGAGGAUCUUUGCAAGCUUGCUUACAACUCUCGACGAUGCGAAGAGAUGCGUAUACUGAAGGGUCUGUGUGGAGAAGCUCAUUCUCAGCCAGAGAGAAAUUCCUUGCAAGCUAAGUGCAGACUCCUCAGGCAUUACAUUGGUCGGCUUGGUCAAUACAUGAAGGUAGUCAAAACACUAUUCCGGAGCGCUCCAUGUCUGUUGAAUUUGCUCGACGAUUUCAAGAUAUGCCCCAUAUCACUUCCAGCUCGAACGUUGCCACCAUCAACGGACGGGAAAACCAACUUAGACAGCAUUGCCGUAAGGAUGCUGCCAGCUCAGUCUCCAGAUCUUGCACGUUAUCAACUUGCCCUCUUCGAGAUGGAUACGCGAUUUGAUAUUUAUGCACAGUACAUGGAAAUGUACAACGAGGAUAACUUCAAACCUCGUGUUCACGCCGAAGUUCAAAUACUAGACUUUUUUCAUAACAACGCUCUGGAAUUCGAAGAAUCUGACAUUUUUGUGGCAUGCAGCAAACCCGCUUGCUAUUGUUGCUCGCUUUACUUUCAUCAUCACCCUUUGCGCCCAGUCACCCCGGCUAGCCAUCAAACGAUUCAUAAAAACUGGAGGCCACCCGACUUUGUGCCCGGUAACAAUACACAAAGAGACAUAUUAAAUAAGAUGAUCAAAGAUGUGCGCACGGAAGCUCUUCAUCAGAUAGAUCAGAGGAGACGAAAUGCAAAAUGGCAUCCCGACUCCACGACAGGCAUCACAGAGUCAAUUUCGCAUCUCCUCGACCAAGAACAUCUUUUUGGAGUCACUGAUUUAUCAGAAGAUCUUGAGGAUAUAAGCUCAGAAGCAAGUAGUCUUUCAUUCGACGAAGAAACUGAGGGCCAAGAUUCCAAUUUACUCCGUGAGCUUGAUGAGUGGGAGCCUUCUCACAUCAAGCAGCUGUGCUCUGAUUGGGAAGAAGACUCAGAUGAGAGUGGUGGCGUUCCGGUGCGGUUAUAA